CAAUAUUCAGAACCAAUGUUUUCAUCAUCAUUAUCUGAAUCGGAACCUCCAACUUAUUUACCAAUCAAUAAUGAAAACCAUCUAGAUAUAGUGAACCAUCCAGUUGAUGAUUUAUUAUUGAUGCUUAGUGCGUUGUUACAGAAAAUUGUGGAAGCCAAUGAUAACUUACAUCCACAUCAUUAUCAUCAAGCAUCUCAAUUACACAAUUCCCAUAAAUUCACUGCUAAUGUCUUAGCAUUCCAUGGAAGAAACGUACCAGCUAUAUCAUUACAUGCAUACCUAACAAGAAUCUUGAAAUAUUGUCCAGUUACAAAUGAAGUGUUUUUAACACUGUUAGUUUAUUUUGAUAGAAUUGCUAAACGGGCAAAUGCUGGAGAUUUUGACCAAAACAAACAACAACAACAAGGGGAAGGUAAUACUGCUGGAACCUCAAAUGCUGGCUCAGAUGAUCAACAAUUGUUUGUUAUGGAUAGUUAUAAUAUUCAUAGAUUGAUAAUCGCAGGUGUUACAGUUGCUUCUAAAUUCUUUAGUGAUAUUUUCUACAAGAAUUCGAGAUAUGCAAAAGUUGGUGGGUUACCAUUAGAUGAAUUGAACCAUUUAGAAUUACAAUUUUUAUUAUUGACUGAUUUUAGAUUGAUGAUACAAAUUGAAGAAUUACAAAGAUAUGCUGAUUUGUUAUUGAAAUUUUGGAAAAGGGAACAAAGUAAAUCACAAAAUGAUGAAAAGAUGACUGAAGGACAAGAAUAGACUAAAGAUUUAUUGAAGUUUGAAUAUUUAAUACUAUUUGGAGUUUAUGUGAUGAUUUUUUGUUUUUAUUUGAUAGAGUUUUUUUAGGCAGAACCCAUUUCUGAUGAUGAUAUGUUCAUUCUUUCUUCUUUAAUUGACCUUUAUUUUAUUAUUCUUUCAGUUCUAACACCUAUUUAAUUUUUUUAAUCUUUUUUUAAUAUUCAUCAUCAGAUAUUGACUUUUUAAUUGAUUUAUAUAUUAAUUCUUAGCUCUUUGUUUGUUC